AUGCAGCUCCUCAGUGUCCUCGUAGGCAUUGCCUGUCUCAGCGCAUCAUCACUGGCCGCAAACCAUCCCAAACCUCCCCAAUUUCACAACUCAGCCAACCACCCUGGCGCAGACCCUCAUGUGAUUUACGACUCUAAAACAGGCCAAUACUUUGCCUACUCAACCGAAGGCGCAGAUCCAGGAAGUCUCUUCGCCAUCUAUAGCAGUCCCGACCUGUCAACAUGGCACAAGCAUCCUGGCGGCGUCCUAAAAGCAUGCUACGAUGAUGACAUGAACCGCAUUGAAGGCGGCCAAGCUUGUUGGGCACGCGAUUGGUACUGGGCUCCUGAGACUUAUUACAAUGAGAAGACUGGGUGGUACUUUUUCUUCUUUGCUGGACGGUUGACGGAGGAUUUGGCCAAGGAUUACUUCCGGUACGAGAAGUUUGAGGAGCCGAGUAAGAUUGGUGUUGCGGUUUCAAAAUCACCAACGGGCCCAUUCCGGGAGAUCCAGCCAAAGCCAAUCGAGUAUUAUCCAUUCGAUCCGGACUAUCAUGAUGUCAAUCUCAUCAUGGAUGAGAAGCAGAUGCGUCCCCCACAGAGUCUCGAGGAGGGUGAAACAGCACCCAAGGGUACUUACAUCCCCACCAUCGACGUUAACAUCUUCUUUGACAAAGAUGGAAAGGUCUAUCUGUACCUUUCUCGAAAUGCUUAUCGAAAUUGGAACUGGGACAAGAAGUUGGGCAAGUACAUCGAAGAAUCCAAUAUCAUCAUCGUGGAAAUGGAGCGAGGAUGGUGGGACGAUCCUGAAGCUUCUACCAUGCCCGAGAUCAUAUCAUCCCAAAAGGACAUCCACGCCAAAGAUGCACCACCUCUUCCCCAAAACAUCACUUCUUACAAUGGCACUGGCGAGAUCGGUUCGCCUCCGCGCAAGGAUGGUUGGAAAACCGUUAUCUCCUACGGAGCUGACCCCCAAGAGUGGGAGAACUACCAUGUCGACGAUUAUGAGAAGAACAACGGCACUAAGAAGGAUCGUCGCUGGGCUGAAGGCAGCACUACAAUUACCAGACCUGGAAAGGACGGCAAGCCUGUUUAUCUACUUACAUACAGCGCCAACAACUAUGAAGCCUCCAACUACGGUGUAGGCUUUGCUACGUCCAAGUCUCCCUUCGGACCAUUCCGCAAAUCCGCAAACAAUCCUAUCCUCUCGCAGAAGCCUGAUGCUGAAAUUCCCAUCUAUUCGACUGGACACGGCAGUAUUGUCGCUUCUCCCGCCAAGCAUAACAAGAAAGUUGGUGCCCAAGAUGUAACCCUCAGGACACCACCAGGUUCAGAGCUCUUCUACGUGCAUCAUGCGCGAAAUAGCACUGAGCGUGAUCGAUCCAUUUACACGACCCGCAUGACUCUCGAUGAGUCAUGUAUCUACUUUGGCUCGGACGAUGCUAUGAGCAUGGAUCUCACAUCUCUUGAUCAACCUCUUCCUAAGAAUACGUAUCCUAUUCACAUGGACGUUCGAAGCGCCAAGAAUAAAGGAGGCUGCCAAUUCCACGUCAAGGUGACGUCCAAGCCCCGGGCGGCUUUUGAUAUUCUUGAAGGAACGAACAGAGUUGUUGCUCUACCUGGAAAUAAGAUAGCUACUUCAGUCAGGGCUGACGAGCAUACGGGAUCAUUUUCCCUGUCUUUUGGUGGUACUUCUGUCGAACAGUUGGCCUACCAGCGGUUGGGUGUUGACGGAAGUUGGUCCACUGUUGCCAAGAAGAAAGUAAACUGCAGAUAA